AUGGGUAAAACGAAAAGCGUAAAUAAGCAGACGGUUUCGUCAUUUUUUGCUUCGACAAAGGCUCGAACUGUAAAUCAGAAGGAAUCUAAACUUUUGGUGCCUUUGGCGCAAACUGCUUCGAGCAAAGCUCGUCAGAGUUUAAAGAGUGAAUCUAAAGAAAACACAACUUCUAAACGCGCAUCUAUAUUUAAACCGUCAAGUAAAUCGGAUACGGCACGUCGUCGCCGUGCAUUGAUUGAAAGAGUUCGCGCAAAAGGACAAAAGACACUAGAAGAAACAUUACAAGGCCUGGAUCCUGUCAAAAAGAGACAAAAGACCAUGCUGAGCCGAUCUCGGGAAAUUGCAAACUCUAUUUCCUUGAAAAAAACGGUCAUGUUUGUUAGAGAAGUUGCAACAAGAAUUGUAGAAAGUUCUGAUGUGCCAAUAUCAGAUUACGAGGCAAUAGAACAUAUUGAACUAUUAACUAAAAUUGCACCCAAGUGGUGUCAAUUCUCUACUAGUAAAAUUAAGGAUGACCUUUUGAACGUCGACUCUUCAGUGCCAGCUUGGAAGGUUCGUGAAAUUAUUGAGGAAGGAGUAAAAAAUUUUCAAUGA